UGCAAGCCAGCGCUGGUGGAGCUUUUCUUUUCUUUUUGUAAACAUUGCACGAAAAUAGUUUUGUUUUAGGCUGCAGGCUGACGUGCGCCACCGUGCUUUCGUUACAGCCGUAAGGUUUCGCUCCACACGAAUGCCGACGCAAAUUCCUGCCGCCAACUUUCCCCUUCUAGUGAGACUGAUGUUGUUCAGCGGAGUUUGUUGGACUGUGAGCUCGCCACCCGCUGUGCUCCCAUGUAGUUAGUCAUCCGUGUCUCCCCGCCUCAGAAACUGCCUCGUCAUUGUUUCAACCUGACAAUCGUCCACUUCUUACCCAUGUGCCACUGACGACGCGUCGAGAUGUGGAUGAAACCCGAGGAAGUGCUACUAGCGAACGCUCUGUGGGUGACGGAGCAGUCUAAUGCAUUUUUUACGCUGCAGCGGCGGAAAGGACACGGCACCAAGGGACUGUCGUCCGUGCUUGUCGGAACACUAGAUUCAGUCUUUGACAGCAAGCCAGCACCUUACCGCAUCCUCCACCGCACGCCAUCUUCGGAAGUCAGUUACGUGGUGGCAACAUCUCUGUUUAGGGAGGAAAUCUUUAAGAACUGGGAAUGGAUCGAGAACAACCUCCUCGACACGCUCGGCUCGUUCGACACGGAAGACGAGGCCACCGACUUUGUGUGCUGCAAAAUCGAGAGCCUGGCGGCGCAGCGGGAGAUGAGCUUCCUUGACGCGGGCGAGAGAGACUCCGCCCAGUUCAAAGUGAACGCCACCCACUUCGCCAACCUUUUUGGGUUGCCACCAGAGGAGAAACUAGUCAACUAUUACUCGUGCAGCUUCUGGAAAGGACGCAUCCCGCACCAAGGCUGGCUCUAUCUGAGCAUGCAGCACCUGGGCUUUCACUCCUUCUUCUUCGGACAGACCACCAGGCUCUUGCUAAGGUGGACCGACAUCACGAAUCUCGAAAGGAGCAACAAUGUUUUGUUUCCUGAAAGCAUACUAGUGACCUGCAGGGAAUCUAAGUACUACUUUUCUAUGUUUACCAACAUUGUGGAGACUUUUUCACUCAUGGAGCAGUUGGCAAACUUGGCAAUGAGGCAAUUAAUCUCGGAGGAGCACUAUGAGGUGGACGAGCAACUAGCGCGGAAGCUGAGUCGAAACGUUCCGAAGAAGCUUCCACACCUGAAGCGGGAUCUGGACGCCAGGGCACAGAGCGAAGCUUACAGGACGACCUUCCGGCUGCCGCUGGAGGAGCGUCUGGACGGAACCCUGGAUUGCAGCCUGUGGACGCCGUACAACAAGCAGUUGGUCCGUGGAAAGCUCUACCUGUCGCCAAACUACGUCUGCUUCGAGAGCAGGGUGAAGAACCUUGUGUGCUUGGUCAUUCCUCUACGAAUGCUGCUCCUAACGGAAAAGGUUGAGAACCACCUGCUUUCAAAUGGGGUGCUACUGACCACCAAGAACAAGAUCAACUUCUCGUUCUCUCAAGUGGAGGGCCGGGACUUCCUGAUCGAGAAGAUCGUCGAGUUGCUCGCCAAACUGCCACAGCCCAAAGACGCCGGCCACUGUGGAGAUGGCAGUCCCAAGUCGGCAUCUUGUCCGGAGACCCCUUGGAAGCUUGAAGGAUCUCUGGCGAAGUGCUUUGAGCUGCCGCGAUCCAAAGAGGCCGAAGCGGCCGAAGUGCUCAAGGAAAAGCAGUGGGAGGAACACUUUGCAGAGUACGGCAGAGGCAUCUGCACCUACCGUACCAGCAAAGCGCAGGAGCUGGUGUUGGCUGGGAUUCCUGACAGUCUGAGGGGAGAGCUGUGGAUGCUUUACUCGGGCGCCAUAAAUGAGAUGGAGGCGAACCCGGGGUACUACCGGAAGGCAGUGGAGGAGAGUACGGGCAAGCGGACUCUCACGGCGGAUGAGAUUGAGCGGGACCUGCACCGUUCCCUGCCCGAGCACCCCGCGUUUCAGAGUCCCUCUGGGAUCAACGCCCUGCGGCGCGUGUUGAACGCCUACGCCUGGCGCAACCCUGCCAUUGGAUACUGCCAGGCCAUGAACAUAGUGGCGUCUGUAUUGCUACUGUACGCCUCGGAAGAAGAGGCCUUCUGGCUCUUGGUGGCACUGUGCGAGCGUCUGCUCCCGGACUACUACAACACCAAGGUGGUCGGAGCGCUCAUCGAUCAAGGGGUCCUGGAAGACUUGGCCAAGGACCAUGUGCCAGAUCUGUACAACAAGCUGGACUGCCUGGGUGUUCUGUCCAUGAUUUCCCUCUCAUGGUUCCUCACCAUCUUUCUCAGCGUCAUCCCCUUCGAAUGCGCCGUCAACAUCGUGGACUGCUUCUUCUACGACGGCGCCAAGGUGGUGUUCCAAGUGGCGCUGGCGGUGCUGGAGGCCAACCAGGAGCGGUUGCUGCGGUGCAAAGACGACGGGGAGGCCAUGAUGGCGCUCUGCGAGUACCUCGAGAACAUCCACAACCCGAUGGCCACGGUUUGCGCCCGGCAGAUACCCGCUUCCGGAAAGGAGCCUGUCGAGAUCUCGACGCUCGUUUACGAGUCGUACAGCAAGUACGGUUUCCUGACGUCCGGCAUGAUCGAGAAGCUUCGUAUCAAACAUAGGCUCAGCGUUGUGCAGGGCCUCCAGGACACAACCAUGAAAAACGUGCUUCGGAGUCUGAGCCUGGAUGCCAGCAUCUCGUCAUACAUGACGCACAAGGAGCUUUUGGAUCUCGUGGCCCUCAUCAGGGAGCAGCAGCUGUCGCAGCACAGCUGGGGUCGCGGCCCCGCGUCUCCCCCCAACGACCCCAUGUUCACGUACGGGGAGCAGUUCCAUCUGGACCUGGAGCAGUUUGUGCCCUUCUUCGGAGCGCUGGGCCCCUGGGGCAUCGGAGAGCGCUCAAGACACCUGGGCCAGAGGGUGUUCCGUCUGCUGGACGACAACGGGGACGGGUGGGUCAGCCUGGCCGAGUUCUGCCGUCUGCUCGGCCUCGUCUGCCGAGGGGACAUGGACGACCGGUUGAGGAUCCUCUUUGCGGCGCACCUGGUUGCGUGUCCGCCCGAAGACGAGACCGACUCCGUCGCCGCGGAGAGCUCAGGUGAGCGUCUCCGGUUCGUGAACGGGGCACCAGUUUUAACGCGACCCGUGACGUUGCCAUACUUGAGCCUAUCGUAA